CAAAAUCUUCGUAGAGAUCAGAAGAAGAGCUAUCAAUUCUCCAUUCGAAUUUCGAAGGUCACUUUCAUUUUUUCCCUCGGAAUCUCUCUCAACGAUUCCAAACCUUACUUCUCUGAGCUCUUCGCGGGAUCCAUGGAUAUAUCUUCUUCCUCUUUCCAUCAAGCUCACAACAAAGUCUCUCUCUUGCGUCGUCAACCCUCUUUCCCGGUCAACUCUGUCUCCGUUAUCGGAUUCUCGCUUCCGCAGGUCACAUCUCCUUCUCUGGAAAAAUGUCGCCGGAAACGGAGCUCUUCCGGGUUUGUAAGAGCUUGUGUUGCUAUGGAAGAGAAGAAACGAACUGCUAUCAUCAGAAUUGGUACAAGGGGAAGUCCUCUAGCUCUUGCUCAAGCCUACGAGACACGAGCCAAGCUCCAAGCAAAACACCCGGAACUCACCGAAGACGGAGCCAUCCACAUCGAGAUAAUCAAAACAACCGGUGACAAAAUCCUCUCUCAGCCGCUUGCUGACAUCGGUGGUAAAGGGCUCUUCACCAAAGAGAUAGACGAGGCGUUGAUAAACGGUCAUAUCGACAUAGCUGUGCAUUCGAUGAAAGAUGUUCCUACUUAUUUACCAGAGAAGACGAUUCUACCUUGCAACCUUGUCCGUGAGGAUGUCAGAGACGCGUUUAUCUGUCUGACUGCAGCUUCGUUAGCUGAGCUCCCAGCUGGUAGCGUUGUGGGAACAGCUUCUCUCAGGAGAAAGUCUCAGAUACUCCACAAGUAUCCUUCGUUAGCUGUUGAAGAGAACUUUAGAGGGAAUGUGCAGACAAGACUAUCGAAGCUUCAAGGAGGGAAAGUCCACGCUACUCUAUUGGCGUUAGCUGGUCUCAAGAGAUUGAGUAUGACAGAGAAUGUCGCAUCGGUCUUGUCUCUCGAUGAAAUGCUUCCAGCUGUUGCUCAAGGAGCAAUCGGAAUCGCCUGCAGAACGGAGGAUGAUAAAAUGGCAAGUUACUUAGCUUCGCUGAACCACGAGGAGACAAGGCUAGCGGUUGCAUGCGAGAGAGCGUUUCUUGAGACGCUUGAUGGCUCGUGCCGUACUCCUAUUGCUGGAUACGCGGCUAAGGACGAAGAAGGCAACUGUUUCUUCAGAGGAUUGGUUGCUUCCCCUGACGGUACUCGAGUUCUUGAGACCUCAAGAAAAGGUCCGUACGUGUUUGAGGACAUGGUCAAGAUGGGGAAAGACGCUGGGCAAGAGCUGCUUUCUCUUGCUGGUCCUGGCUUCUUCGGAAACUAACCAUUCAAUGAAGAAGAAGAAGUUAAAGAAUGAUGGCUGUUGUAUGGACAGUGUCUAGGGUUUAGGAGUGUUUCCAACGUCUUCCACCUAAAUUUGUUGUAAUUUUUGAGAGAAGUAUAACCUUACUGUGUUGAUUGUUUGUAUUUAGAUUACAUUCUCUUGAAAUUGUACCCUUUUUUUAAUAUCUAUAGAGGAACAACUGAUAAACAUAGACUUUUGCACCA